CCCCUGACGACAUGCAUGCGAAGAUACCACAUGCUCUGAAAGUUGUACCUGCGCUGUGAAGGAUCGUCUGGCCCGUGAUGAUCUCGCUCCCAUGCACACUCCUCUCAAAGACAUCAUGAACUUUUUUUUAGGUUGGGUCGCUAUCCUGCUGCCUGGCGUACUAACUGCAUCCAUUGGUGCUGUAGGAGCUGUAGCCAAGACACCCCUUUUAGCCAUGUAUUCAGUUCACGGAUGGUACGCCGAGUGUUAUGGGCAGUUGGAGCAGAGGUAAAAAGCCUAAUACUUCACGGUGGAAUGUAAUUAACAACACUGCCCAGAUGCGCCCAAAUGCCCAAAUGUGUGUGGCGUCGUCGCCCGAUCACCUACCUUUUCGGAGUACGGUGAGCAGAUGCG